AACGACCUUGACUUUGCGACUUUUAUUUUGUACUUGUCGGGGUUGACCGUUGACCUUUACCCGGAAGUUGCACAGAUUGAUCUUGUUUUGUUGUUAAAGUUGUUGCUGCGCAGCUCGGUGUGGGUUUCCUUUCCCAUUGCGAUGGCCGACGGCGAGCUCGUGAACGGCUCUGCAGAACACCAGGAGGUGGCGCCCUCGGCUAAGAAACCAGGACGUGCCUCGCUGCUGGAUAGCGGGGAAGACUUCACAAUGCUGGACGACGUGGAGGACGACGUGGACGACGACCUCCCGCCGUUAGAAGAUGCAGGCGGAGGAAAGAAGAAAGACAGUCCGGCCAAAGACCACACACGAGCAGACCGAGCUCCUUCUGUAGAACAGGAAGAGUGGCUGGAUGUUUUAGGAAAUGGGCAGCUUAGAAAGAAAGUUGUGGAAGCCGGAGCUGGUCCAGACAGCAGACCCCAGAGAGGCCAAAACGUCACGAUUAAUCUUAAAACCAGUCUCACUGAAGGAACCGUGGUGGAAGAGCUGCCAAACCUAUCUUUUACGCUCGGUGAUGGGGACGUUCUCCAGGCUCUGGAUCUUACUGUACAGCUGAUGGAAAUGGGUGAAAAGGCGCUGAUUGAAGCAGGCGCUAAAUACUCACACGGUGCCCUUGGCAGCUCCACUCCUGCUGUUCCUCCUGACGCUGAUCUCCUCCUGGAGGUGCAGCUGAUGUCAGCAGACGACGCCCCAGACGUGGAGCUCAUGCCGCCCUCGGAGCGAAUCGGUUUGGCCAACAGGAAGCGGGAGCGUGGAAACGUCCACUACCAGCGCGCCGACUACGCCUUCGCCGUCAACUCGUACGGGAUCGCCCUCCAGAUCACCGAAGCCACUUCCAGAGUGGACAUCAGUCAAGAAGAAGAGGAAGAGCUUAUGGACAUGAAGGUGAAAUGUCUCAACAACAUGGCCGCUGCUCAGCUCAAGCUAGACCACUAUGAAGCCGCGCUGCGCUCCUGCGUCUCUGUCCUGGUGCAUCAGCCCGACAACGUCAAAGCACUGUUCCGCAAAGGCAAGGUCCUGGCUCUGCAGGGCGAGUAUGCUGAAGCCAUUAAAACACUGAAAAGGGCCUUGAAGUUGGAGCCCAGUAAUAAGACCAUCCAUGCUGAGCUGUCGAAGCUUGUGAAGAAACACUCUGAGCAGAAAGGAGCCGAACAGGCCAUGUAUAAAAAGAUGCUGGGUAACCCGACGAACGCCAGCCUGCAGAAACGCCGUGGCAAGUCCUCAUGGAGUCUCAGCUGGAAGUGGCUUUUCGGGGCUACGGCGGUCGCGAUUGGCGGUGUAGCUUUAUCGGUCGUCAUCGCAGCUAGAAAUUAACCGUAAUUCACCAUGAUGGGACGGACGACGCGGUGCUGAAGACCCAGAGGGCCCCAGACACCCUGCUGACCUUCAUACAAAAAAAAAAAAAAUUGUAAUUGAAAGUAGAAUUCUGUUGCUGUCCAUCGCACAGUUAGAGGUUUUAAACGGCGUUCGCUUUUUACUUUCAGUGCAUGAAAGAUGAGCUGGGGAUAACGAGAUGUGAGAAAUGUAUAAUUCCUAUUUAUGUACAGAGACGUUCCUAGUUAUAAUUAAGAAAUUUAUUGAUGUACAGAAUGGCGCUCUCUUCGGGUUGCUGGACGCGGUCGUGUUUCGCCACAGAACUCUUCCAACUGCAUUCGUGAAGUUCUGUGAUCUCGUUUCGGUGAACUGAAACUUGCUUGCGUGAACGUUCAAGAACAUGAUUGUACACUUUUUCUUUUGCAGUCUCUACAGGUGUCUGACGCUAAAGAAAAACAACACUAUUUCAAAAGUCCUUGCACUGAUGCGGUACGUUACUGGUUUCCCCCCCCCCACGCUUUCUUCUCCUUUAUAGGCUCCAAAAUAUCACUGGAAUCGGCUGCCGGUUCCUCGAAUGAUGUUCCCAGAGUUUCGUGACCGGAACGCUGCAGGGAAGGUCACACUGACCUCUUUUUUUCGCUUUAUUUUUCAGUUAAUUUCACAUUAUUUAUUUAGGAAAGAACAGACAUGUGUCCGUUUUUUUUUUUAAUCCUCACGAUCCUCAAGUCGGUUGUCUCAGUUCCCCGUUCCAAUUUUUGUAGUAUUGGUUACUUCCGACAUUCCCUUUAAGGUUGUUUUUGUAUAUCCUAUAAUAAACUUUUGCACUUUCUGUUCAUGUGGUUGAAAAUGAAGUGAAUUCUUGAAGAGGCGUAGAUGCCAGAGCUACUGUAGGAACUCUAGAUCUGCGUUUCCUGAAGGAAACAUACAUGUGGUUGAAAGGUAAUAAAAGUGAACGUGUUAAUGGA